AAAUCCAAUACACAAAUUUGCAAUAAGAUUUAAAGCUAUAAAUAUUAUGCAAACCCAGAAAAAACGGUUAAAGACAAUAAAAUUUACGAACAGAUCAGUUGCAGUACUUGGAGAUCUGAUAGAAAUACUUAGUAUAGUCAACUUGACUCAGUCAUUGUUCUUUUUUGUGUGUGUUAGCAUGUUCUAAGAAGUUUCGUGGAUUAUACUAUAAUUAUCGCAUACUAUGAUUUCAAAGUUCCACAGUUUUCAUUCAAAUCUUAUAUUAUUUCCACAUUAGCUUUUAUAACUCAUUAUUAGAUACCUGAAUCUUUGUUUAAAAUGUCAACACUCUCUCAAAAUUCUAACUUUUGACCUUUCUUCAACUUCCUGUUGAGAUUCGUACCUUUUGCUUUUUCUGGGUGUACUUUUGUCGGUUUGAUUUUGAUGUAUUUUGGAUGAAAAUUUAUGUUUGAACAUCAAAUUAUGUGGAUUUUAAUCUAAAGUUUUGAUCUUGGGAUUAUUAUUUCAUUGCCCACUAACUGUUUGAUGUUUUGUCUGUUUGAAACUCUGUGAUUUCCAUACAUGUUCUUUGAUUCCUGUUUUAAGUCUCUAAUUUGACUUUUGAAAUCACUUGAUAUUUUGUGAAAAUGUAUUUUAUCCCUGAAAAAGGAUAUCAUCCAAGGAUUUUAGGUUCUCAAGAUUGUGUUAAUGGAAAUGGGUCUUUUCAAAACUAUGGAUUUCAUGAAGAAUCCAUAUCCUUAAAUGACAUAAAUAAUGAUUUUUAUCAUCAGACCCAUGAAGAUAGUCCAGGAAUACCUGAUUUUCCUGAUGCUUGCCUAAAGUUUAUGAAUGAUAUUCUCAUGGAAGAAGAUUUGGAUGGUAGGCUUGCUAAUUUGCAGGACUAUCAUGCCCUGCAAGCCACUGAGAAAUCAUUCUAUGAUGCUCUUGGGGAGACUUACCCACCUUCUGUUGAUCAAACGCUGUCGUCGUUUGGUGGAACCAUAGAGGCCUCAGGUGAUCUCAACAAUAGUUGCUAUGCUGCCAGUGUUGAGUCCAAUAGGCUGAUCCAUCAUAGUCAGUCAGAGGGUUUUCAACAGGCAGAUGAUACUUAUCAUUAUGUGUUGGAGUCAACUUCAGAGUGUUCUGGUUCAAGCAGUAGUUUCAAUUGUUUGAGGGAUGGACUUGCAGACUCUCCUGUCAGUACACUAUUUGACAAUGAGCUAAGUUAUGUAGUCAAUUCUGGGAUGAGUCGAGCGUACAAGGAGAAGAACUCUAAGGAUAUAGAAGGGCAAGACGAAAAGAGGGAAGAAGUGGAUAAUGGUAAUGUGUCUAAGGGAAGGAAGAAUCAUCAAAGAGAAAGUAGUAGUUAUCUGGAGGAAAGGAGUGCUAAGCAAGUAGCUUCUAGUAAUGAAGAGUAUGCAGUAAUGGAGAAAUUUGAUGAUGUACUGAUUAGCAAGACAGGAAACGACGAUAUUUCACCUGGUAUCAGCAAAAUUACAGUCAAUGAAGCUAGGGAAGAUUUACAAAAGGAUGAGAAUCCAAAAGGGUCUAAGAGCAAGCGUAGAUCAUCGCGUGGUAAGAAAAAGACGAAUAGAGAAGUGGUGGAUCUUAGGACUCUCCUCAUUCAGUGUGCAGAAGCAGUAGGAAUCUGUGAUUUUGCAACUGCAAAUGAGCUACUCAAGCAAAUUAGGCAGCACGCUACGCCAUUUGGAGAUAGUGUACAGAGGGUAGCGCAUCACUUUGCAAAUGGCCUUGAAGCACGUAUGACUGGCACUGGAUCAGAUUUAUACAAAGCUUCUGAUUGGAAGCGAUUUUCACCCUCUGAUAUCUUGAAAGGUUAUAGACUAUAUGUUUCAGCUGUUCCUUUUCAGAGGACAACGUAUUUCUUAGCAAAUCAAACCAUAGCAAAGCUGGCUGAAAAGGCACCAAAAAUCCACAUUGUUGAUUUUGGUAUCUUUUUUGGUUUCCAAUGGCCCUGUCUUAUUCAAACUCUAGCAAGUAGACCUCUUGGUCCUCCGAGACUUAAGAUAACGGGGAUAGAUAAUCCCAGGAGCGGUUUCAGACCUGCACAAACAAUUGAAGAGACAGGGCGAAGGUUAGCAGGUUACUGUGAGAGGUUUGGGGUGCCUUUCGAGUUUCAGGCCAUUGCACAACACUGGCAUACUGUGAGUCCUAAGGAUGUAAACAUUGAAAGGGAUGAGCUAGUUGUUGUCUCUUGCUUUUACCAAUCAAAAAGACUCCCCGAUGAGACUGUUGAUGUUAAUAGUCCGCGGGAUAGCUUCUUGAGGUUGGUAAGGAGCCUGAAUCCUGAUCUUUUCAUCCAUGGUGUUAUCAAUGGCACAUUCAAUGCCCCCUUCUUCAUUACUCGGUUCAGAGAGGCUCUAUACCACUACUCUUCUUUGUUUGAUGUGUUCGAAGCUACCAUGCUUAAUGAGGAUCGUGAGAGGCAACUGAUUGAGAAUUAUUUGUAUGGUAAAGAUGCCAUGAACAUAGUAGCAUGUGAGGGGAGUGAGAGAAUUGAGAGGCCUGAGACUUACAAGCAGUGGAAUGUCCGCCAUCAGAGGGCUGGAUUCAUGCAGGUACCGCUAGAUCAGGGGAUCAUAAAUAGAGCAAGGGCAAUGGUGAGGGCGAAUUACCAUAAGGAUUUUAUGCUAGAGGAAGACAAGCAUUGGAUGGUCCAAGGUUGGAAAGGAAGGAUUUUCAGUGCCAUAACCUGUUGGAAACCGGCUUAAAUAGAUCAAAGUAGUUCCAUUGUAUCCGAAGCCAAAAAAGAAACUGAAUAUUUCCCCUUCAUUAGAAAUGGACAUAGUAGCUGAAAUUUUUCUAUGAAUCUCAAGGAGUUUUUUUUUUGGGUGGAAGUUUGUAAUUUCAAAGUCUCUAAUUUGAGUUCACUUUUAUGAAGUUCAAUGACUGAUUUACCAGUUCAAUGUUA